UGUUUGUUUCGUUUGCAGAAACGUCACUACGUCAUCUCGUCAUCCAGUGGUGACGCAGCAGGCAUGACCAAGCACCUUCAACCGAAACUGUAGAAAAUGAAGUAUGCUUUAAAUUUGCUCGUAUUGCUCGUGCAUUUAAUCACGUAUGUUUAUUCUUCUGCAGGCGUGUCUGAUGAAGGCACAGAUGGAGGGUCAGUCUCUGUGAUGGAGGGAGAUUUGGUUACUUUACAAUAUCUUAUGGAAAAACAACAACAAGAAAUCAUUAUAUGGCCUUUUGAUAACAUUGCUAUCGCUGAAAUCAAUGGGAACCCCAGUAAGAUCUGUACAGAUGUGCGUUGUGAUAAUCGUAAAAAGAGAAUCAGAGACAGACUGAAGCUGGAUCAUCAAACUGAAUAUUUGUCCAUCAGAACCACAGACACUGGAGCUUAUGAUUCAUGGAUCUCCAGCGAAAACCGCGGCGAUGGAGGAGCCUAUGUUGCUCGUGGUCUGUCAGCUGUUGAAUCAAAUAUAUUAUCGGUGUCAGUGAUGGAGGAAGAUUCAAUCACUCUAAACACUAGUUUUGAAACAAACCAACAAGAUGAUAUAAAAUGGUAUUUUGAUGGCACUCGCAUUGCUCUAAUCAGUGGAGAUCUCGGUAAGAUCUGUACAGAUGUUCAUUGUAAUAACGGCACUGAGAGAUUCACAGACAGACUGAAGCUGGACAAUCAGACUGGAUCUCUGACCAUCACAAACAUCACAAACACAGACUCUGGACUUUAUGAAUUAAAGAUCAUUUAA